AUGGCCUACAGCUUGCUGCGGAAAAACACCGUGAAGUCCGUGCUCCGCAGCGACAGCUUUAAAAUACAGGACCCUUGGAAACUCCCACUGCUUACAAAACUCUGGUACACGAACAUCGGGUACAUACGAAUGCCUUUCUUGGAAGAACUUUCAUUUAGAAACUAUGUACACCUCAGGAAACACGGGAUCAUGAAGAUCAGUCAGCUCCCCUCUGCAGAAUGCCUCAGAACCGAAAAGGAGUAUGAAACAAAACGCCAGAGUUACCUGCAGUCUCAGAAGCAGCUUGCUGAGCAAAUCGCUUCUUCCCUAAGGGGCUGCCCGGUGGGUUUGAGGAGACCCCAGCCGCCAAAGAGAAAACCAGCUCGCACCUGA